AGGAAAGUGAAAGAAAACACCAGGUUAUUUGAAGUGUAUCCCGUAAUGUUUCUGUUUGUUUGUACCUGGGAGAGUCAGUCCAAGGCCAGGUGCGGGCAGUAUUUGAGGUGGUGAGGAGGAUGACAGAAAAACAGAAGCACUGUGAGAGCGAGGAGGAAGAGUUUACAUGAACCUCUACUAUACUAUAAGCUGUAAUGAAGCGAUUGCGUUCCUGGGCAGAGUUAGAUCCCCCCUUUAGUGGUACUGAGGAAGACAACAGUGAGCAGGAUGAGUCUUCAACCCUUAAGCCAACUUGGUCCUUGGCUGACACUAUGAACUACGUGGGGCAGCUGGCAGGCCAGGUGCUGGUUACGGUGAAGGAGCUAUAUAAGGGCAUUAACCAGGCCACACUCUCAGGCUGCAUUGACGUGGUGGUGGUCCGCCAGAAAGAUGGAACCUACCAGUGUUCUCCUUUCCAUGUGCGCUUCGGCAAACUGGGCGUGCUUCGCUCCAAGGAGAAAGUGAUUGACAUAGAAAUAAAUGGAGAGCCAGUGGAUCUACACAUGAAGCUGGGAGACAAUGGAGAAGCUUUCUUUGUGCAGGAAAUGGAGGUGCAGAAUGAGAUAGUCCCAGCUCAUUUGGCCACUUCUCCAAUUCCCACGGAGAGUCACAUGUUCUGGCUUGGAGGGGACGAUGGCCUGCCUCAGGAUCGAGAUGAUGACCCCCAGGAUCCUGAGGAUCCCCCUGAGCCCCCUGUGACCAGCACAAGCACAGGUAAAAAGAAGAAGAGACGAAGAAAGAAGCAUAAAGGAGACCCUCGGCGGGAGGAACUGACCCCACCUGCUUCUGUUGGAGCUUCUGUCCCCACAGAUGAAAUUUUUGAGAUGGACCUGAGCUCAGAUGAAGAGGCCACUCCCAGCUCACGAUCAUCUUCAAUUAGCACAGUGAAAGAGGUUGAACCCAGAGUACCACCGGUUCGCCAUUCCCCAGAGAAUUACCCUUAUUCAGAUGGAGACUGGUCAGCUGCAGACAACCAUGCCAUGUCAGAGGCUUUCUCUCCCAAGAGUGACUCUGAGCUGGUGAUCCGACCUUCAGAGAGCCUGCUCAAAAUGGAGUCUCACAUGCAGUGGACGUGGGGAGAGUUCCCAGAGCCCACCAGGGUGGCAAAGAAAGAAAAGACGGAGCUGCCCAAGACUGUGACCAUAACGCCGACAGAAAACACUCACUUCAGAGUUAUUCUAAGCUCCGAGGCUAUGGACCCUGAGGCUGAUGGGCAAAGAGAGCUGGCUCCUGCACCAAUGUGCGCCAUUGUCAAGCCUGAGCCUCGCACUCCAGUCGCCCCCAUCACCCCCCUAACCCCCUCUGACUGUGCAGAAGUGUUGACUAGUGGUGCUGUGGCCACUUCCACCCCCUCAGACCUCAACGCUGUUGCUCCUGCUGCUGCGCCUGCUUCUGCUGUUGCCUCUAACCCUGCUGCUGCCGUAGGUGGAGACAUGGGUGACAACUGCUCCAAGACGGAUUCCCCUUCAAAAAAGAAAGGAGUCCCAAAGAGGAGCCAGCACCAGGGCCCUGAGGAUAUAUACCUGGAUGACCUGAAUGUUCUUGAGCCUGAUGUGGCUGCACGCUACUUCCCCAAGAGUGACUCAGAGGCCGGCUCCAAGCACUGGAUAGACUCAGGGUUGCGGUCAGGUUCUCAGUCCCCCCAGUCUGUGGGCAGUGCUGCAGCUGACAGUGGUACAGAAUGCCUCUCUGACUCCGCCUCUGACCUGCCUGAUGUCACUCUCUCCUUGUGUGGAGGCCUCAGUGAGAAUGCUGAGAUAUCCAAAGAAAAAUUCAUGGAACACAUCAUCACCUACCAUGAAUUUGCUGAAAAUCCAGCCAUUAUAGACAAUCCCAAUUUGGUUGUGAAAAUAGCAAAUAGAUACUACAACUGGACGUUGGCUGCACCGUUAAUUUUGAGCUUGCAGGCUUUCCAAAAGAAUUUACCCAAAGCUACAGAGGAGGCCUGGGUUAAAGAGAGGAUGCCUAAGAAGUCAGGCCGCUGGUGGUUCUGGCGGAAAAGAGCGGACAGCACUAUCAAACAGUCUGAGAGCAUAGGAAAGCUGGAGUUGAAAGAAGCACAACUAGAAGAUGGUGGCUCCCCCCUCCCUGGAAAGCCACACCCGCAAGUGAUGGAGUCCAGAGAUUCGUCCAGUGAUGAGGAGGGGAAGGAGGUGAGUGCAGCCGCUGCCUCUCUGGAGCGCUCGGCCCAGACGGAGUCCCAGCCUCAGCCACAGCCCCAGUCCAGCACACACUCCUACCGCAAGUCCCUGCGUCUCUCUUCUGACCAGAUUGCCAGCUUAAAACUGAAGGAGGGGCCUAAUGAUGUCACCUUCAGCAUCACCACACAGUACCAGGGCACAUGCCGCUGUGACGGCACCAUCUACCUGUGGAACUGGGAUGACAAAGUCAUCAUCUCGGAUAUUGAUGGCACCAUCACAAAAUCGGACGUGUUUGGGCAGAUCCUGCCUCAGCUGGGGAAAGACUGGACACAUCAGGGCAUUGCCAAGCUCUAUCACUCUGUGGCUGAGAAUGGCUAUAAGUUUCUGUACUGUUCGGCGAGGGCCAUUGGAAUGGCUGAUAUGACUCGGGGCUAUCUGCAGUGGGUGAAUGAUGGCGGCACCAUUUUGCCCCGUGGGCCCCUCAUGCUUUCUCCCAGCAGCCUCUUCUCUGCAUUUCACAGAGAAGUGAUUGAGAAAAAGCCAGAGAUUUUCAAGAUUGAAUGCCUUACUGAUAUCAAGAACCUGUUCUAUCCCAACAAACAUCCCUUCUAUGCUGCAUUUGGAAACAGAUCCAAUGAUGUGUUUGCCUAUAAGGAGGUUGGAGUGCCUGUCUGCCGAAUCUUCACAGUAAACCCCAAAGGAGAGCUGAUUCAGGAGCAGACCAAGGGCAACAAGUCCUCGUACAGCCGUCUUAGCGAGCUGGUGGAGCAUGUGUUUCCUCUGCUCAGUAAGGAACAGAGCUCAGCGUUCAGCUUCCCCGAGUUCAGCUCCUUCUGUUUCUGGAGACAGCCCAUUCCCGAGAUAAACCCAGAUGACCUGCUCUAAGGCUGAUCACACGCUCUGAUUCCGCCCAUCUGUGAUUUCCGCCCGAAGACUUGCCCAAACAAACCAGACAUCCCUGACAGUUACAUGAUUGUCUUGUUUCUUUAGGUCAGAUCCUGUCAGUGUGCUAUGAAGACCCAACUACUUACAGUUGCCACGUAGUCAUACUUUUUUCUUUCACCAGUAGCAAUCAGGAUGCUUCUUCAAACCAUGCCUCCUUAUCCCAGCCAGGACAACAUGUGAACUACAAGAGCACCUCAGGUGGUCACGUUGAACUUUGUGGGAGAGGUGAUGGUGCACUUUUACCACAGUGUCACAUCAGGGAUAAGGCCUUAGCCUGCCUGGCCACUUGGAAACUGGAGUAACCAGGCACUAAUCUGGCUCUUUGGUAUGUAAUAGAUGUUCUCGCUUCUUCUAAUCUGUAUGAUUGUUUAGCUGCUAAGCUGCAGGCCACUCCAGUCCUGGUGUAGGUAUUUAUCCCUCCUGUGGUGGUCCAGUGUAGGCUUGUGUUUACAGUCAUGUGGCCCAGAUGGAUACUGGUCACAGAGUGGGUGCAAUGAAAACAGAAUAUAUUGGGGGAAAAAAAAGGCAUGUGUUUGAAAGGUGGGAUGACAUGUAGAAUCACAGAUAUUUACAAAUGCUAAUUUAUUUUGUUCUUUAAUAACAAAUCAUUUAAGCGUAAGAUGAUUAUUGGAAUUAUUAAUGUGCACUGCCUCUAACGUGGUGAGUGAAUGCCUGGCUGAAUAUGCAUUGUUGGAUGAUGAGGUAUAAGCAGAGACACUCUGCUGGAUGCUGCUGGCGAUUUGAGCACUGAUCAGACUGGUGCUGGUGAGGUCGUUAUUAUUUUUUUUUUAUUUACCCUGCCGCUGCUUCAGCCUGAGGGUGUGCUCAGGCUUUUAGCUCCAGCCAAAGGCCAGUGGAAAGGCACAGUGCACUGAGGAAGGCUUGUGUUUGUUUUCCAGGUGUUUUCCACUCGUUAAUAUUUUCAUUGUCUGGCUGCUUCACGAUGCCUUACUGAUCGCACUUUGAGCAGCAGCCAAGAGAACACUGCAGAUCGACUUGCACUUAAGUGGCAAAGGAACUGCCGUAUUGUUGGAUACUAUUCAGCAGUCUUUUGAGUAAAGGGUUUAUUUAAGUGCUUAUUUUUCACAAGCUUAAAACUACAGUCAGUACAUUAUAGAGCAAAAGUCAGAGACCACCCUCAUUAAUUUAUCGACAAAACAGCUAUUAAGUACAAAUCAUUCAUUUUAGAAAAUAUAAAUUCAAAGAAAAAUAAGUGAAAAAACUGGAGUUUCUAAAAUGGGAGAAAUGGAAAAUGAGAAAAUGGGACUCAUAACAACUGUAGACCAAAAAUCCACAGGUAUGUCUGCGUCUCCUUCCACUGUGAGUAGAAAAUGUGUAGCUGUCAAGAAGCUGUUACUGAGACAAAAAAGAAGAAAAUUUGCGAAUAGUAGUGGUAAUAAAGUCAGAGUGGACACACAGUUGUUGAGGCUUCUGUGUACUUUUCUGUUAAAUAUGUUCUUUUUUUUUCCCUUGAUGCUGAAAAAAGAAAAACUUUUUGGUCAUUUUGACAGGAAAUUAAAUAAACAAGGGGGAUCUCUGAAUUUUGUACACUACUCAAUCUGUGUAUUCAGUACAAUAGACAUGGAACACUUCGACCUGGACCAUGUUGAUUUCCAAGAAGUGUCUAAUCCUAAAGUGUCCUGAUUGUAGCUUUAACCUCAAUAUGAUACUUACUAAGUUACCUUUAGGUUUAAUGUAUAUAUGUUGAUUAGCAAGAUACCAGUAGGGGUAUCAUACUCUUAGUUCUUGCCUGUCUGUUUUUGGUGGACAUUGGAGAAACCUAAAGCAGCUUUUUCCACCAUUCAGGCCAUCAGGUGCUAAGAAGAUUAAUAGGAAAACUAUUAAAAAUAAAAUAAGCUUUAGCUUAUCUUGUUGCUUUGUGCUGAAUACGACUGCCUGUGGGUCUGUUAAAAAAUAAUACCAUUAUAAUGGGUGACUAUUGCAGCGCAUUGAAGAACAGAAGCAGAUUGCAGCUAUUUUGCAUGAGGGGGAUCAAAUCUCAAGUUUUAGACCGAUGUUAGACUGAACUCCCUCCGUGGCCGACUGAAGGAGCAUAACCCUGUCACGAAGAGUUAAUUAGCAAAAGCUGGUCUUUGCUUUGGCCUAACACAAGCUGUCUAUUUACCUGUUUUUGCUUUGGCCAAGUUUCUCUAGGUUCAGACGUAGCUAUUUUAGGGCACCAUGUGUUAAACUGAAGUAGGCAUGAACAUAAACUUGAAGCACAGUAGUCAUAAUAAUUUAUUCACAUUAGAAUAUUCUUGAGUUAAUCAUUUAAUUAUUUAAGGAAAAAAAGAGGGCAUUCCAUGGUUGUUUGAUUUGUUUUUGCGUGUUUCGUCUGUGGUUAUGAUGUGUAGAAGUGAAAUCUGUCUGUUAAUGAUUAACAAAGCGAUCCCAUUCUUUCUAUGAAAGUAAAACUUCUUUGUGUGAGAUGAGCACACUCAUCUUGUAUGAACCUGAGAUUUAGCUGAAAA